GUCACAUGACGGGCUUGUUGUGUAGUUCCCUCUCGUCAGUUAGUUAUGCAUUUGUGAGAUCAUGGCGGAUCCGGAAGGAGAGUCACUGGAGUCAUGGCUAAACAAAUCCACCAAUCCGUCAAACCGACAGGAGGAAUGGGAGUACAUAAUUGGAUUCUGUGACCAAAUCAAUAAGGAACUUGAAGGCCCACAAAUAUCAGUCAGAUUAUUAGCACACAAAAUCCAGUCACCACAAGAAUGGGAGUCAUUACAAGCACUAACUGUUUUAGAAGCCUGCAUGAAGAAUUGUGGGAGGAGGUUUCAUAAUGAAGUUGGAAAAUUUAGAUUUUUAAAUGAACUCAUUAAAGUAGUUUCACCUAAGUAUUUGGGAGACAGAGUAUCUGAACAAGUGAAGAUUAAAGUAAUAGAGUUGCUCUACAGCUGGUCAGUUGCUUUACCAGAUGAGGCAAAGAUCAGAGAGGCCUAUCAGAUGCUAAAGAUGCAAGGUAUUGUAACAGAAGACCCAGAGGUUCCUGUGGACAAGACCCUUGUUCCCUCUCCAAAGCCCAAUAAUCCAGUGUUUGACAAUGAGGAAAAGAGUAAGCGUCUUGCAGAACUUCUUAAGAGUAAAAAGCCUGAGGAUCUUCAAGAAGCCAACCGCAUUAUCAAAAGCAUGGUCAAAGAGGAUGAGGCUAUACAACAGAAAGCUUCCCAUCGUGCCAGCACCCUAGAGGAGGUGAACAACAGUGUGAAGCUCCUAAAUGAGAUGCUAAAUCAUUUCAAAAGAGAUGAGUCGACACAAGCGGACAAAGAACUUCUAACGGAUCUUUAUAAUGACUGUGACAAACUUCGAACCGCUGUCUUCAGACUCGCCACCGAGACAGAGGAUGAUGACGGUGCCUUAGGUGAUAUUUUACACGCUAGUGAUGAUCUCUCACGUGUAAUCAACUCCUAUAAAAAGAUUGUUGAAGGACAGACCAUUGUGAUUGACAUACCAGGUUCAACAGCCUCAAAACACCCCAAUGACGGAAGCUCUUCUGAGAUUUUGAUUGAUUUGGCUGAUUUGGACUUGGGAUCCCCUUCACCCCUCAAACAUGGUUUGACUCCACCCCAACACUCAGAGUCCCUUCCUGCUGACCUCCUCACACUUGCCGCUCAGCCUUCCUCUUCCAACACGUCCUCUGGAUCGUCAAGUUUUCAAAUCAGUCCUCCAUCAAGCCAGCUUCCCAGCAGUCUUUCUCUUCUGGAUGAAGAACUUGGUUCAUUAGGCCUUGGUUGCCUGGACUCUAAAUCAAAGAAGUCAGCAGAAAAGAAUACAAAAGAAGCUCAAAGCAAUCAGUGGAUUUCUUCACAAACGUCUAAACCAGUGAUUGACCUCCUCUUCAGCUCUGCUCCAUUAAAUCCUCUAAUCUCAACAGCGCCACCAACCUCUGAAGCUACCUCAGUCACAAGCUUUGAAAACUCCCUCCAGCAGAGCAGUAAAGACUUUUCUAUGCUGGACCUGGACAAGGAUAAUAGCAGCCGGUCCAAAUGUUCAAGCUCAGGCGGCAGAGAACUUAGAGCUUGGGAAGAGAACAUCCAUCCUGCAUUUACCACAUUCAGUUUUCCUGCUGGAGUAACACCUGUGCCUUCUGCUGUAUCCUCUGCCAAACCUCAGAGCUUCACCCCAGACAGCCCUCUCUUCAAAUCCCUGUCUCCAACACUACCCACCAGUCACACACCCUCAGGCUCGGACAUCUCCCUAAACACUGUCUUUGUUCCACUGGAGUCCAUUAAACCAAGUAAGGAGGGUCCAGUGACCGCCUACGAUAAGGAUGGUGUUCGUGUGUUGUUGCACUUUGCUACCGACCAUCCACCUGGUCGCCCUGAUGUUCUGGUGAUUGUGGUGUCCAUGUUGAACACAGCACCACUGUUAGUGAGGAAUGUAGUGCUUCAGGCAGCUGUGCCAAAGUCUAUGAGAGUGAAGCUGCAGCCCCCUUCUGGAACAGAAAUGGUUCCCUUUACCCCCUUCAUGCCCCCCAGUUCCAUCACUCAGAUCAUGCUCCUUGCUAACCCACUGAAGGAGAAAGUGAGAAUGAGGUACAAGCUGACAUUCAUCCUUGGAGAUCGACAGGUCACGGAGUCUGGAGAGAUAGACAAGUUCCCUCCAGUAGAAAGAUGGGGUCAUUUAUAGCUGUGUACACACUGUUACUCAUGAAGAGAAAUG